AUGCAUACCGUUUCGCUUCACGAAUCAUUUAAGAGAUUAAACGAGUAUUGUCUUAAAACAAUCAGCGAACAACCUCAUAUAAUCUUCGAAGCUAGUGAUUUUUUAUCUCUGGAAGAAUCAGUGCUCGUGUCCAUGCUCAAAUGCGAUGAUCUAGCUAUGGAUGAAAUUGAAAUCUGGAAUUCAAUUAUCAAAUGGGGUAAGGGAAACACUUUGAACUUACCUAAGAGACCUGUAAUGGAAUGGAAGUCUGAAGAUUUUGCCGCUCUCAAAAAGACUCUUCAUCAUUGGCGCGGAAGUCCUAUCAAAAGGGAUGUCAAUAGAAGUGUAUAUCUUCUCAAUAGUAAUAACUAUAGUUAUCUUAAUGCGCCUGAUGCAUUUAUAUUUUCCUUUGAUAAAAACGAUGUUAAAAGUGCAAAAAUUUCACGCAACAACUCAAGAAAUCAAAUAGCAUAUAACCCUUAUCAGGCUCAGACUGGUCCUUAUUUUUAUAACGAUUUAUUUAUUAGUAGCAACUGUGAUCAAAAUCAAUCGAGCUGGUAUCAAUAUUCUUACUAUAACACUCAAGAUCUAUGGGAUGAAAAUAGUUUAGGCCUUCGACAUGCUUUUAAAGUAGAAGAAUAUGAAGUUAUUUUUGUUAUGAGCUAUACAAAUACAAACGAUGAAAAGAAAUGA